GUUAUUGAUGCACCAGAAGUAUUGGAAGUAUUAGACGAGAUUCCAUAUUUAAAGGAUUUUAUCAAUUCACUUUAUAAUUGUGAAUAUGCAAAAUUUUUCCAGGCUCUUGCCGAUGUUGAACGCAGUCACCUUCGCACAUCAAGAUAUUUAUUCUCUCACCUUCGUUAUUACGUACGUGAAAUGCGAAUAAUUGCAUAUGCGCAACUUUUAGAAUCGUAUCGUUCGCUUACUAUGGAAAGCAUGGCAAAUGCUUUUGGCGUUUCAGAAGACUUUAUUGACAGUGAUCUUUCCAAAUUUAUUGCAGCUGGGCGUCUUAAUUGUGUUAUUGAUAAAGUGAAUGGGAUUGUGGAAACAAAUAGACCAGAUGCCAAGAAUGCACAAUAUCAGCAAACAAUCAAACAAGGAGAUAUACUGUUGAAUCGUAUUCAAAAAUUGUCAAGAGUUAUUAAUGUAUAG